GGGGCGCGGGGGCGGGUUUGGGAUUCGGGAUUUGGGAUUUCGGGAUUUGGGGGCUCCGGGUGUGAUCCCCCGGGUCGAGCCCGCCCGGUCCUCGCACUCCCCAACCUGGCGGGGCCCGGGGUGCAGGGAGCCGCCCCGAGCUGCUUUCACGCGCCUUCGGGACGGGCACAUUCCCUCCUCAGGCCCUGCAGCGUCCGGGUCCUGCAGCUUCCUCCGGCCCUGACCCCCUUCCCAGACCCUGAAACUUUCCCUCAGGUCACCAGAAUCCCCCCGGAUCUGCUGCGGGUGUGGCGCAAUGUUCGGCUCCUCCCGUGGCGGGGUCCGGGGGGGCCAGGACCAGUUCAGCUGGGAGGAUGUCAAGACGGACAAACAGCGUGAGAAUUACCUGGGGAACUCCCUGAUGGCACCGGUGGGGCGGUGGCAGAAGGGCAAGGACCUGACCUGGUAUGCCAAGGGCAAGAAGGACACGGCUCCCCAGUUAUCCCGGGAGGAAGAGCUGGCUGCAGUCCGCCUGGCCGAGCAGGAGGCCAUGAUGGCAGCACUGGGCUACAAGACCUUAAAGAGGCAGCCCACGGGCCUCAGCAAAGAGGACCUGGCUGAGGUGUGCAAGAGGGAGGGCGCCGAGCGGGACGAGAAGGACGUGGAUCGGGUGGUGGGCUUGGGCAGCUCCAGUGGCAGCGCUGGCCGGGUGAUGCUGUCCAAGGAGGACAAAGAGGCAGCCAAGAUGGGGCUCUCGGUCUUCACGCACCAUAAAGUCUCCAGCAGCCCUGAGACAUCUGUCUCCAAGAAAAAGCAGGAAAAGGAGGAGAAGGUGGAGGAGAAACGACCUGAGAGCAGCAAAAAAUCCAAAAAGGAGAAAAAGAAGGAGAAAAAGAACAAGAAAAGGAAGAAACAUAAGAAGGAGAAGAAGAAGGACAAGGACAAGCAUUCCAAGAAGGAUGCAGCCCCAUCGUCCUCUGACUCUUCUCCAGAUCGGGAUAAGAGGCCCCAGGGCAGGAAGGCGCAGCAGCCCCCGGAGGCUCCGCGGCACGGCAGCCGCCGGCGGCGCGGCUCCGACUCCUCUGCCAGCAGCGGCCGCUCCCGGAGCCCCGCCCGCCGCCGCAGCCGCAGCAGGGACGGCCGCGGCCGCCACCCGUCCCCGCGGAGGAAGGGCAGGAAGAGGAGCCGGUCCCGCUCCCCGCCGGCCCGCGGCGUCCGGCAGCGCCACGACACCGACUCGGAGGACUGAGAGAGGGAGCGUGGGGUUGUUUCAGGGAGAUCUUGCAGAGAUUUCUAUUUUUUAAGGUGAUUGAAUUCAGAACGCCGCAGCCCCGCGGGUGCCGGGGCGGAGUCUGGCAAAGGGCAUUAAGGCCGCGGUGCCGGCAGUCCCUUCCCUGCCCGCCCAGGGGCAGCGCCGGCGGGUGUGGGGGGCAGCAGGGCCUGGCACCCUUCUCCUCACUCCCCAAAAUCCAUCCAGGCAGGACUGAGCACGGAGGAUGCUGUGGGUGGGGGCUGGUGCUGGGGUGGUUCCAGCUGUGGUGCUGAAAAUGCUGUGGAUACCUCGUGUUCAUGUAUAGAGACUUUGGAAGAGAUGAUUGUUAUUAUUACGGGGUUUUGUCUUCUUUCCCUGCCCUCGAGUGCAGUGGCUGAAGAGUUUCUUUCUUUAAAAUCACCCUACGUUCAUCAGUUACAUGGAUGGGAGUUUAAAGCUCAUCUAGUUCCAAUUGUCAGGGACACCUUUCCCUGGGCCAGGCUGCUCCAAGCCCUGUCCAGCCUGGCCUUGGACACCUAAAUAAUUACUCAGAUUAUGGGGAGAAAGGGAUUGGACCAGGUGUUUUCCAUAGGUUUUUGCCCUGGCCACAUGCACCACCCCAGGGAGCAGCAAACUCCAUUCCCCCCAGGAUUUAAACCCUCAGCACGUGAUUAUUUAUGUUGUUGGCAUACUCAAAGGGGAAUGUUACACCAAUAAAUGGAAAUAUUGAUCCAAAUGGAAAGGGGGUGUCCCGAGCAGCUCCGGAGCAUCGCCGGCUGCGGCGCGGCCGUGCCAAGCACAAGGGCCUCAUUUGUGUAAUUAAUGAUGCAAUCACUGAAGACAGGCAGGGUUUGUGUGCCUGGGUGGACAAAAGCCCAGUGGGGCCGUGCUCAGGAGCUGACAAAGCCCUUCUGUCCCGAGGUGCUCGGCCCGAGCAGUGGGAGAUGCUGCAGGGCUGGCACAGCCCUCGGUGAUCCCCACCCCAACGCGAUUUUUGGGGUGACAGCCUCCGGCACGAGGGCAGCUCCAGAGCCAUCCAGGGAUCCCCCUGCACGCCCUGCUGGUGCUCACCAGGCUGAGCUCGGGGUCACCUUCACGGGAUUUUGGGGUCCAAAUUGUGGCUGGAGCCUGCUGGGAACAUCCCAGAGCAGGAGUGUCCCUAAUGGGAGCUGGGCAGCAGGCUGAAAAUGGAGCUGUGGGAGAGUGGAAACAGCACAGCAAGAAGAGAAAAAUGACCACAAAUCCUGGUGUCCUGCUCCCUCCCUGAGCUCCCACCUCCCAUCUUCACCUCCCAAGCCUUGGGAUGGAUGCUGGGGCAGGAUGAUCUGCACCCACAGCUCCUCAGCCAAGGCAGAGGUAUUCAUCUGCCCAGCACCGUGGCAGGGGCCUGGGCACUGCUGGCCCAGCUCAGUUCAGCUCUCCCGGGCUUUCUCCUGCUCUCCCUCCUUUCUGUUUCACUCUCAAAACCAAGAUCUGAGGAAAUCAGUUUGAGAAACACGGGAAGCCAAAACUGAGGAGGGUAAAGGAGCCCAGCCCCAUCCAUGUCCAGCUGCUGCAAAGUUCCUGGGGCACUGGGCAGGAUCCUUUGUACUGGGCUUGAGAGCCUGGAACAGAGCACAGGCUGUGCUGCCCAGAGCAGAGGGCAGAGCACAGCUCCCCCAGCUCUGAUAACAUCACCACAUUCCCUGUUUUCCACAGCAGAUUCUGUAUGCACAGGAGCAGCAUCCUAACGCAGCUGGCCCUCCCAUUCCCUCCCAGAACAGGAAUAAAGAGCUGUCCUGCCCUAUUAAGGAUGCAAAGAUCCUGAUACAGAGGUUGAAAUUCCAAGGUGGAUUUGACUUGCAGGUUUGUGAUCCCAGUUUGCCCAGUGUUGUUUACCCUUCACUGCAGCCCCUGUUACCCACCCAGAGUCCCAGUUCCCCACAGGGAAUUUGCUCUCUAACCUGCAGGACAGACCUUCCAUCCUGCAGCGUUCCAGCCUGGGGAAUGAGGAAUUGCUGCAGCUCCAGCCAGGGAAAUAGCCAGGAGCAGGAGCACGGGGAGAGGCUGCAGCUGACAGGGAAGGCAGGAGAUCAUCCAGAGGAGGAGCUCUGUCCCAGAUCCAGAGGGGACUGCAGAAAGGAAAAAUGCAAAACAAAGCACUCAGGAAGGCACAAUUCCCAUUUUUGCCCCACAAAACUGCUAAUUGACAGAUCCUGUAAUUAACUGGGAUCAGCAGGAGGAGCAACCUGUUGGGGAAGGGAUGGGGCUGCCCACGAAGCUCAAGCUGUGCUGUUGCCCCAGAGGCAACAAAGUGGCUCCAGCAGAACCUACAAGCAUCACUCUCAUUGCACCUGCAGGGUUUCAAUCAGGAAUGAUGCAUUCCUUGGAAAAUACAGGAGAUAUCAUCAAAUUUUCAUGCAAAUCAUGAUGUGGCAAAACCCUGCCACAUCAUUGAUACAUUCCUUGGAAAAUACGGGAGAUAUCCCCUGCACAAAGACGAUACAAACCAACACAGUGCAAGUUUCAUGAAACUUUUUAUUCAACAAGUAUUUAAUUAUGAUUCUGCCAAGAUGAUCAAAUGAACAGCAAGGCAUAAAAAACAUGAAAUAGUUAAGAGAUUUUAUUCUAAUAGCUUUAAUUACAGUGCUUGUUUGUCGAAAUGAAAACUGAAAACAAGUAUACAAAACAGUUGAUUACUAGUCGUGUAUUGAAAGCAAUAAAGGUUUCCACAACACUAAAUAAACCAGUUCUGAUAGUUCCUCGAGUUAAAGUUUAACAGCUCCAGCUUCUUCAGUGUUUAUCAAAAUACAAAAGAAAAGUAAAGAGGUCUUUUUUUUAUUUUUCUGAUGGCAAAUCUGAACCUUGCAGUAUGAGGGAUGCCAAGGGUUUUCACACAUAUACAGAUAUGGGAUUGUUCCAAAAUGGGAUUGAAUACUUGCAGAGUGGAAUGACUCUCCAAACUCUCAUGCUUUUUUGUUUGUUUGUUUUUUUUUCCCUAGACACUAUACAUAGAUGUUUGGUGUUUUUCAUGGCAAUUCUUACGUUAAGUACAGUACUUUCUGCCUAUAGAGCUUAGGACUAGGACAGGCUGUGCUUCCUGUGGAAAGGUUUUGCCUUCUGGAGUGGUUUACGCACAAGAAAAGUACAAAACACUUCUUGACAAAUAUGACAGGCUAAAAAUGUCGACUGCUGGAAAUGAUUUGAGUUCAAUGGAAACAAGAAAUCUCACCUGAACCAAAAGUCAGAUGUUUAGCAUGAGUCUGCAAAGCUCAUCUAAACCAGGCCCAGCAAAUCUUGGAACGGUUGUGAACGAAGAUGAGCACAGACUACGAGCUACAGAAAGAGCCAGAGAUCUACCACUUGUGAUCUGUUCGUUAAGCAGAUGAAGCUAAUUGGGUGUCAGUCAUUGCUUCACCCUUUCAAAAGAAUCAAGAGUCACCACGUUUGAGCUGGAGCAGCAGAAGCGAUGUCAAACGUUUGUGGUUUUUUUAAGUGUUUUUACUUUUCCUUGUCUAUUUAAAAAAAUACAGAAUUCAGGUUAAAAACCAACCACCAAAAUGGAUCUCACAGAUCUCACAACCCAACCAAGAUCGAAUCCAGCUCUACUGCACAAGGACCACUGGCAACCCUUA